AUGCCUCCGAAAACAUCGAUAGUCCUCUGCACUGGCGCCUGGCACAACGAAACCCACCUCCAGCCCUCCCUCCCUCUUCUCCAAUCACUCAACUACACCCCCAUCCCCUGCGCCCUCGCCUCCGCCAAUCGACAAGGUGGCUGGGACGAAGAUGUCAAAGCAAUCGAAGCUUCAACCAGAAGCGAGCUCGGCAAAGGCAACACCGUUGCUUUGGUUCUGCACAGCGCCGCUGGACCGCCCGGUUGCGAGGCUGUGAAUCGGAUUCUCGCCACUCGGGAUGGAAGUGAGCCGGGCAAGAUCGUGAAGAUGGUAUUUGUAGCGUCUUUUGUAACGGACGAGGAGAGGGAUGCUGUGGCUACCAACAUGGCAUCACGCGGGUACUUGCGAUUCGGGACUGGGGAGGACAAGGGCGCUAUAUUCGCUGAGAAGGGUCACGAGGCCAUGCUCAACGACAUGUCUCCCGAAGACGCGAAGCCGUAUAUCGUUGCUCUAGGCGGACAGGUGGCGGGUGUGAAGCUUGGUGUGACGGGUGAGAAGUGGAAGGAGGUGUCGGCGACUUAUCUGCUAUGCGAGCGAGAUAACGUUGCACCGCCUGAUGUGCAGGAAGGCGUGGCGAAGAAUCAUGUGAUGGGACUGAGGAGGAUCGAUGCAUCGCAUGACCCGUUCAUCUCACAGCCUGAGAAGUUCGCGAGGGUGGUUGACGAGAUCUUGAAAUCGUGA